AUGGCGAAUGAAGAGCUCAUUACUGAUCCACUGCUGCUCUCCGUCCUGGACUCCGCUGCCCAAGCACGACGACAGAGUCUAGCCAUCCUUGACUUAAUCGAGCGCUACCAUGGCCGCGAGGGCACGCCAACCGAAGAGUCCACUCUCAACGACCAGCUUACACUCUCAAAGCAACAGAAGAUCCUGAACGCCCGCCUAGCUCGACUGCGUGGUCUAAACCGGAAAGCCAUCCUUGACGUGCGGGCAACGAAGCAAGAGACAGCAGAAGCGCGGCAGGAGAUAGACAGUCUCCACCUGCAGCUUCAGAAUCUCUAUUAUGAGCAGCGACAUCUUCGUGGAGAGAUUGCCGCGUGUGAGGACUAUGAUCACCGUUACAAGCAAUUGCCGAUGAUACCUACGGAAGAGUUCCUUGAGCGGCACCCUGACUUCUCCGAGAGCUCGGAGCAUGAUUUGACCACCGCACGUAUACAAGACGAGCAAGUGGAGCGGCAGAAGCUGGAGGAGGAGAGACAGCGUUUGCUUAAGCUCAAAGAAGCCUUGACGAAGGAGACCACGGCGAAGAAGGACGAACUUGGUAGACUUGAUGCGGAGAUCGAGAAGUGGCUAGGCGGUCAAGAGAGCGUGCGCAAGCUCUUCGAAGCCAGAGAGAAGAAGCUCGCGGCGCAAACGUAA